AUGAUUUUUGCAGAAAACAUCCAGUGCGAUAUAUUUAAAAAGAUUUCGAGCAGGUUUUCGAGCUCAAUAUGUUUUGAACGAAACUGUCAGCUGGGAACUGUCAGACGGAAAAUCAAACUCAACGAAAACAUAACAACAACAUUGCUGUGCAACAAGGACUCUUUGGCGGGAGGAAUAAUGAGACAUCGAGAAUGGAGAAAGCUGUUCAAGAAAAGAAGACGUAAAGCGAUACGGCAAAAGGCCGCACAAGCUCAAGCAAGGCUGGAAGCUGAAGAGGAAGAACGGAAAUUGGCUUGUCCGGAAUAUCAGUCGUAUCUUGUUGAGAAGGAACGCCAAGAAAAAAUUGCCACUGACCGAAAGACACUAGAACAUGCGCUUCAAAACGCAAUAUGGCUUGAAGAGGAACAUAAAGCACAGCUAAAAUUUGAGGCACUGCGCAGGAAAGAGGAAGCUAAAGAGCGAGAUGAACAGGAGAAAAGGGAAAAGAUACGGAAAGAAUUCGAAGACCGGGAAUGUAAAGUUAAACAAGCCAAAGCAGAACGAUUGGAACAGCAAGAACUCGUACGUCGAAUGCUGUAUGAGCGGCAUGUAAAAUUGCAAGAAUUUGCUGCAACGGGUGUUGAUGAAUACCUGCAUGAACUACAAAGCAUACACAGCACACGGAGCGAUGCUGAGGAUUGUAAAUUCUUCCUGAAAACAGGUGCAUGUCGUCAUGGGUAUAGAUGUAGCGGAAACCAUCCCACACCCGGUGUGGGUAAGGUUAUCUUGAUUCCAAGCUUCUUCAGCCAUCCGGCCCUGGAACAGAAAGUACAUGCGGAGUACGGCCAAGACGUCCGUCUCGAGUUCGAUGAGGAUGAUUUGCAGAGUUGUUAUAAUGAUUUUUUUCGGGACAUAAUCGUGGAGUUUGAAGCGUUUGGUAAGAUCCAACACAUCCUUGCGUGCAGAAAUGCUGGAACACACUUAAGGGGAAGUGUGUACAUAGAGUAUGAAUUAUUAAGGAAUGCAGCUGCGGCGUAUUUGCGAAUGAAUGGAAGGUUUUACGCCAAAAAACAACUGCACGUGGAGUUCAGGAGUCCAAUCGUCUGGCCAGCAGCGGUGUGCGGACUUUUCGAGCUUAAGCGGUGCCAAAAAGGAAACGGGUGUAAUUUUCUACACAUCCUGAAGAAUCCGGACCACCGUUAUGUGUACAACCAUUUCCAAGAGUGCAGAUCAAUGCGGAAAGAAGAAAUUGUGCACGUGGCUACGCCGCUAGUUGAAAAGACUUGGGAUGAAAUAACGUCCAACGGUGGGCAAUCCUCGAGGAAAGCUUCCCAAUGGCGAUGGUCUGAAUCACCAGAGUUGGAAGUGGAAAAAUCAGACACUAGCAAGAUCCUAGCAUCUGUAGCAUGCAUUCGGCAUGACGAUGAUGGGAAAAGCAAAAAAUCUUCUCAUCAAUCUCGCGAAAAACCGAGCCACAGUUCAAAACGACACCAAAGUCCUAAAAAUCGUCAUGGUCAUCAUGGUAGUACGCUCAAACACAGCCGUAGUCGAACUCGGAGUCGCAGUCGCAGUCAUAGCCGGAAUCGGAAGCAUAGUGUCAAAGAUAAUCAACGGGGAGAACACAAAUCGAGGCAUAGAUAUGCCGAAGAUAACAAUCACAAACGUGACCGACGGAAUUUACCACGACUGUCGAAUAUCCGCAGUCCUUCGCGAAAGGGAACACAUAAAAGAAAUAAAAAAGAAAAGAACUAGGAUUGUCAUUGUCAUCGUGGUUAUUUAUUUCAACAUUUUUUGUAUAGAAUAAUUUUAUAAAGAUUAAAUUAGUGUGUAAAAGCCAUACUGAUCUUGAAGAAUGUGAUGUCAGGGAAAUUUACUUAACCUUCAUUUUUGUUUUAAAUUUGGCUAUAUGUAAAAAGAAAAAAUGUCCAUGACGAAAGAACGCAAAAGGUGUUGCUGGUUUAUAUUUAAAAUGUAAAUUUAUGCCAUCCAGUUUAAACGCAGUCAUAAACGUCGUUGUAAAUCGAUCGUAAUAGGCAACAGUAGUGCCUGUAGAGUAUGUUCAUGAUAUGUACGUUGUACUGUAAUCUUAGUUUUUACUUGUGUAAGAAAUAACA